UCCAUCCAGAGCGCACAGACACACUCACAUCAGCUCAGAGGCGCACAAAGAAGGAAACAUCAUGCACACGAGCCAUUAUACUCAAGAGCUAAAGAAGCGACGAUUUGUGGGUGUUUGGAAAGUCUUUGCCAUAGCUACAGAGUAGAGAGCGUUCAUUUACUGGCUUGAUUCAGUAUUGUUGUGAAGGCGCGUGGAGAAGCGCGCUCGCGUUCAGCAGCUGGAAGUGUUUGCGGGGGACGUACCGGGCUCUUUUCUCCUAUGUAUUUCGUUUUCGGUUUACUUUUAUAGUUUAUUUUUAUUUCAUGACGCCCUCUGAGCUGGAUUUAUUAUUUCGGAUACACGGGCUCGUCUGUAUCAUGUGAAAAUAGAUUGAAUUAGACACGCUGUGGAUUGGAUACGUUUGGAUCGCGAAAUUCAGAUCAACUUCUCCCAGACUUUCGAUAAUGUUUCUCAACUCUCAAGAUUAAUGGUUUGAAGGGGAGGGAGAAGUGCAGCGGUAGACGGAGCUUUAAAUCUGAACCUGAUAUCCCCCUUGAAUGAUGCCCAUAGAUAGACUCGCAGACAUGGAGGAGAAACUUCGUAUUAUGGAGGACCUUAAUAUGAUAUACAUUCGUCAGAUUGCCCUGAGUUUAAAGGACAGUGACAUCCAGAAGAAGAUCGACUAUGAGAUCCGGAUGCGUGAGGGGGCAUGCAAGCUGCUGGCUGCAUGUUCUCAGAGGGACCAGGCACUGGAGGCCUCCAAGAGUCUCCUCACCUGCAAUGCCCGCAUCAUGGCCUACAUGUCAGAGCUCCAACGCAUGAAGGAAGCGCAGGUCAUGCAGCGGGUCACACGCAGCUCUUCUGAUGCUGGUCCAAUGGAUGAUCGAUCACCAUGUAAAGGCAAAGUAGCGAUUUCAGAUCUUCGGAUACCUCUAAUGUGGAAAGACACUGAGUAUUUUAAGAACAAAGGAGAGCUGCAUCGGUGUGCUGUCUUCUGUCUGCUGCAGCUAGGUGGUGAGAUCUUUGACACAGACAUGGUAAUGGUGGACAGGACCCUCACAGACAUCUGCUUUGACAACACAAUUGUCUUUAAUGAGGCAGGCCCAGGGUUCGAGCUGCGGGUUGAGCUGUACAGCUGUUGUUCUGAGGAGGACUACUCAGCAGGCAGCACACCACGGAAACUGGCCAGCAAGCUGAGCUCGUCUCUGGGCAGGUCAGCGGGAAAGAAAAUGAGGGCGACCAUGGAGCCCGGAGCCUACAGCCCCACCAGCAAUGGAGGAGGAGCCACAAUUCUGCUGCCUGUACCCUCUGUACCGGGGCCCAAAUAUCACCCUCUGGCUCACACGACUCUCAAUCUGUCUCAUGUACAAGACAGCUUCCGCACACAUGACCUCACCAUUACAGGAAAUGAGGAGUGCUCUUACUGGUUGCCUCUUUAUGGCAGUGUAUGUUGUCGUGUGGCUGCUCAACCUCAUUGUAUGACACAACAGAUGAUGAGUGGCUGCCUAAGAGUCAAACUCGGAGGUGAGCCUCAAGGCUGGACAAAUGUCUAUGGUGUCUUAAAAGGGACAAAUCUCUUCUGUUAUCAUCAAAAAGAAGACAUGGAGGCCAAUGUGGAGCCUGUCUUAACUAUUGGUAUUAACAAAGAGACGAGAAUACGAGCGGCAGAGAAGGACACUCACAGCAAGGCACAGAAUAUCUGCAUCACUAACCAGUAUGGAGGAGAGGAGGUGACACACACACUAACGGCAGACAGCAGAGAGGACACACAGGGCUGGAUGGAAGCGUUCUGGCAACAGUUCUAUGAUAUGAGUCAGUGGAGGCAAUGCUGUGACGACUUGAUGAAGAUUGAGCUGCCUUCACCACGGAAACCUGCCAUAGUCACACCCAAGCAGGGCUCUCUGUACCAUGAAAUGGUUAUUGACACCUCUGACGACAUCGGAAGGGUCACUGACAUCCUGACACGUCGUAUUGAGGAGUUUGAGCUGAGGGCCCAGCUCUCAGCACAGCCUCAUUGGAUGUCCUCGUUCGAAGAACAGCCCCCAAGAACUCCCAUCAAUCAUCAGCACCAUCGUAUCGUGCACCUUCCCCCGCACUCGCCCAGCCCUCGCCUGCACAGCUGUCAGCCUCGCAGCCCACAAUGCCACCGAACCCCUGGUAUUCUCUCCUCCAACGCCAGCCUGACGUCAGAAAGCGAAAGCCCGGCCAGUGCCAGCCCAUACUUUCGCCAGGCAUGGUCCCACGACACCUCUUGCUCUUCCAGCCACAUCCGCCCCAGAACCCUCUCCCUGGACGCAAAGCUCUCCACUCUGCGUGGUCGAGGCUACGGUGGCUUCCAGUGCACCUGCCAGCCUCCAUCCAAUGGUUCAUUGUCUCCUCAACCCACUCAGACUGCUCUGUCCUGCUCCAGUUCAACUUCAAGCAACAGCUCAAGUGAGGGAAGCAACAGCCAAGAGUCAGAACUGGGCUUCUCCAGACCAUCCAGUUCACGACGAAGCCUCAGGAUUCUGAGAGCCAAGCUGGACCCCAGGAACUGGCUACAGAAUCAGGUGUAGCUGUUAUACUUUCUACAAUCAGAACUUUUCUGAUACAUCACAGCCACCAAAUCUUCCUGUGUCCCCCUGAAAAGAACUGGAAUUUCUGAGGUCAUGCAUGCUCAAUGGCAACCAUUGCAUCCUCUUUAUAUCUGAGAACAGUGAACAUCAUAGCCGUUUUCUUCAGUGCAGUCACCACAAUGGGAAAUAGAUUGCUAUUUACAAAAUACACUACUACGUGCCCAUUUUUGUGGGACUUGCUACAAACAGAUUUUUUACAUUGUAAAAUUACUUUCAUGACAGUUAUGCACAUUUUACCCCCUAUCUCAUUGCUUUAAUGCAAAGGAAUUGUCUUUAGAAUAUUCUCGUUUGUGCAAUGUGGAAAGAAAUGAUAUUAUUAUUAUUUAAAUUAUAUAUACAUCAUAGUAGUACUACUUUGGGUUACACUUUAUUUUGAUGGUCCCAAGUAUAUAUUUAACUGACUAUAAGUGACUUGUGA